AUGUCAUCAUUGCAAUAUUUGGACCUCAAAUUCAAUAAUAUGAAUGAAAUAAUUCUUAAAAGUUUUGGAAAACUCUCAAAGCUCGUUCAGUUGUAUCUCGAAGGAAAUCCAUGGGAAGACAUCAUAACAGAAGUUCAUUUGAUGAAUCUCACAAGAUUAGAGAAUAUAAUCAUACCACCAGCGACAAAAACAUCAUUGGUUUUGAAUGUCACAUAUAAAUGGAUUCCCUUUUUUAGGGUCAAAUUUCUUGAUCUACGAAACUGUCAGGUUGGUCCCAGAUUUUCUGUAUGGCUUCAAGUUCAGAGUGAACUCACCUCUUUGAUCCUUAAAAACGUUGGAAUUGAGGACAACUUACCUGAAGAAUGGCUUUCCAAGAUUUUUGCUCAUCUUACCUAUUUGGAUCUGUCUAACAACCGAAUCAAAGGAAAGCUUCCAAAGAAGUUAGAAUCUCCAAUAUUAGGUUUUAUUGACUUGAGCUAUAAUCGCUUUGAGGAGAACCUUUUGAAUGGAACAAUCCCCUCAUCCAUCUGUACCAUGAAUAGCUUGCAAGUACUUUCCCUUAGGACAAACCAAUUAUCCGGGGAGCUCCCACAGUGUUGGAAUGGGUCACAAUACUUAAUGGUCAUAGACGUGGAAAACAACAAUCUCUCCGGUAUUAUUCCAAGUCUCUAUAUGUUGGUUUUGAGCAAUAACAGCCUAGAGGGUGAAAUUCCUUCUUCUUUGCUGAAUUGUUCACUUUUGAGAAUUGAUCUUAGAGGAAAUAGAAUAUUUGGAAAGUUACCCUCAUGGAUGGGGGCGACUACACUUUGGAUGCUACAGUUGCGAUCAAACUCUUUUAGUGGAAUCAUCCCGCAAAAAUGGUGCAAUAAUCCAUUUCUUCACAUCUUUGAUCUUGCAAACAACAACAUUUCAGGGGUUAUUCCCAAUUAUUUACACAAUUUAACUAAUUUGGUUUAUGAUGAUGCAUGCAUAACAGAACCCCGCGAGCAAAGACACGGUUAUGUGGAGCGAACAACUUUGGUGGAAAAAGGUGGAGAACUUGAAUAUGGCAAUACUCUUCAAUAUGUCAAUAUCAUUGAUCUUUCUCAAAACAAUUUAAUGG